AUGCAAUCUCAUUUAGUCAAUAAAGUACGGUCAAGUUUAGAAUCCAUUGGUGUAAAGACGUCUCGAAAACAUAGUCAAUCAAAAAAUGAUACAUCAAAUAUACGUAGACGAAAUAAAAUUUUAGCAUUAGUUUUGGCAGGAGGACAAGGUGGUCGUCUUGAUGUUCUAACUGAACAACGAGCUAAACCAGCUCUUCCGUUUGGAGGAACUCUUCGCUUAAUUGAUUUUUCUAUGAGUAACUGUCAUCACUCACAUUUGCCAGAUGUUUGGGUUGUCGAACAAUAUGAAGUUCAUGAACUCAAUGAACAUUUAGCUAAUGGACGUCCAUGGGAUAUGGAUAGAACCUAUGGAGGUCUUCAAAUGUUACCACCAUAUGAAAUUCAUAAUAAGAGCAAAAGUGAUGAUGGUAAAAAGGAUCAAAGUGAAAAUGAUGAUCAAGGUGGAUUUGCCAAAGGCAAUGCAGAUGCCAUUUAUCGACAACGUCGUUUACUCAAUCAAUUUUCACCAGAUCUUCUAUUAGUUUUAAGUGCUGAUCAUGUUUACAAACUCGAUUAUCGUGAUGUUAUCGAUUUUCAUAAAGAUCAUCAAGCGGAUGUAACUAUAGUUACAACAAAAGUACCAGAAGGAGAUUCACCAUCACGUUUUGGAGUUGUUCAAGUUAAUGAAGAUGGUCGUGUUGUCAAUUUUGAAUAUAAACCAAAACAACCAAAAUCUGAUCUUGUAACAACCGAAGUAUUUGUGUAUGAUUAUCGUAAAUUAAUGGAUACACUCGAUCAAUUAGCUGAUGAUGGUGAAUUAAAAGAUUAUGGUGAAGAUUUACUACCAAAUUUAGUUAAAGAAGGUAAUGCUUGGGAAUUUCGUUUGAAUAGUUAUUGGAGAGACGUCGGUAUACCAGAAAGUUAUUGGCAAGCGAGCAUGGAUUUACUUUCAAAAAAAUCAGAAUUACAUUUAGAUGAUCCACAAUGGCCUAUUCUUACACGUAGUGCACAACGUUUACCAGCACAUUUACUUGAUUCAGCUCGUUUUGAAAAUAGUCUUAUUUCACCUGGUUGUGUUAUUGGUGGAACAGUUAUUCGAUCAAUUCUAGGACCAGCUUGUAUUGUUGAUUCAGGAGCAACUGUACGUGAUUCGAUUCUUUUUGAUGAAGUUCAUGUCGAAGAAGGAGCAGUUAUUGAACGAUCAAUUAUUGAUGAAAAAGUUGUUAUUGGUAAACGAGCUACAAUUGGUCUUGGAGAAAAAAAAGAAUUGACAAUGAUUGGUAAAAAUGUUAAAAUUUCACCAAAUUCAAAUGUGCCAGCUGGAGAAAAAAUUCAUCCUGAAAAACAGGAUGAUUAA